UUAAAAAAAAUAUUUAAAAAGUGAAAGUGUUUAAAUAAAAAAAAUACUAUAAUUUAAAAAAUGGAGGAAAAUGGAGAAAAUAUAAACAGUUUAAAUAAGUGUUAAUUUAUAUUUUUUACGAAGAGGGGGAAAAGAAGAUUUUUUGGAGGAAGAAAGAAAAUGAUAAAUAAUUUUUGAAAAGGGUGGGGGGAAGGGGUUUUUAAGAGUAGUUCGCGAAUAUGGAUUUUUCGUUGGUGCAUUAUUAUGCAAAAACAAUAAUAACAGGAAAAAUAUUUGAUCUCAGCAUUUCCACUGGAUUAUCUAAUCAUUUCCCAAGAUUUGAAUGCAUCCUAUUAUUUAAUCAAACUUCUUAAUUAUUGGCUAACUGCAAACAAAUUUUUUUUUUUUUGCUGUCUCGAGGAAGUAAAUGAUUUCUUUUUUAAUGUUAAGGUGAGGUGUGAAAAGUUCCAAGAAAAUGGUGACGAAAAGACUAAAAUACUGGUGGAAACUUUUUCAAACUGAAGACUCGAAAGGUAUUAUUGCUGGACUGGCAGCGCACUCGGGACAAAUUUCCGUUGGCCUAUCACAAGGAUUCAGUGCAAUUCUAAUACCAAAAUUGUUGGACACAAAUUUUGCGACAGUAUCAGAAUGUUCGUGGAUUGCGUCAUUAGGUGUUAUUUCGAACCCAGUGGGCGCAUUAAUGGCUGGGAUUAUGGCUGAAUUUUUUGGCAGAAAAUCAGCAAUUGCAGUGGCAACAUUGCCCCAUAUUGCCGGUUGGUUAAUUAUUGCAUUUUCAACCAGUGUCCCACUAUUAUACGCGGGCAGAAUUGUCAGUGGAAUUGGCACUGGAAUGGCAAAUGGACUCUACCUCUACGUUAGUGAGGUUGCUGCACCCCACCAGCGGGCCUGGCUUGCCAGUAUAGGGCCAGUUAUGGUUUCCUUUGGCGUUUUAAUAUCUUAUAGUUUAGGUGCCAUGACUACAUGGCAAAAUACUGCAGCAAUUAGUAUUGCUCCUGCUAUUCUAUCACUGGCGUUGACAAGAAUUUUGCCAGAAACACCAGCGUGGUUAGCGACAAGGGGACGAAUUGAGGAAGCAAAAGAAGCCCUGCUUUGGCUACGGGGUCCCGGCCUAUCAACAGACAUUGAACACAAUGAAUUAUCAUCGUCAGUGUCAAAUUUAAAAUUAGAAUCCUCCAAUAGUAAUAUUUUUCAUUCAAAUGAUGAUUAUUCGAAAAUUUGGAAACCAUUUCUCAUAUUAUUGCUAUUUUUUGCCCUACAACAACUUUCUGGCAUUUAUAUUAUUCUAUUUUACGCCGUCUCAGUGCUCAAGGACAUUGGCGUUAGUAUCGAUGAGUAUUUAGGUAGCGUUGGAAUUGGCGCCGUUCGAUUAUUGGCGUCAAUUGUUGGCGCUGCAUUGGCAAGAAAUUUGGGACGAAAAACAUUGGCGUCAAUUAGCGGUCUUGGAAUGGCGGCUUCUGCACUUGGUGUCGCAUUAUCAGUGAGAUUUGAAAUACCUUCAUUGUUGCCAUUGACGUGUGUCGCGAGCCACGUGGGAUUUUCAAUGAUUGGAUAUUUAACCUUGCCAUGGGUAAUGACCUCGGAACUUUAUCCAUUACGACUUCGGGGAAUUUUCGGCGGACUGACGACAAGUAUUGCUCAAAUUUUAACCUUUGCCGCUGUUAAAUCUUAUCCCGACGUCAAUUCAUUUCUUGGACUUGAAUCAACAAUGUGGACAUUCAGCGCGGCUGGAUUGCUAGGUGCUGUUUUUGCAAUGACAAUACUUCCCGAAACACGUGGUCGUAGUUUGGAUCAAAUUGAAACUGGUUUCACGAGUGGUCAGUCAAAAAUAAAAUCAUCAAUUGUCACUGAACCCAAGAAUGUGACGCUGAAAAAUUUCAAAAACGUAUCAGAGGACAAAUAUCCAAAUAUGAUUGCAAAUGUCUAUGCAUAUGAUAAUUUUACUCUCGAUUUAACGCUCGAUAAUGUUGAGAAGAAAAAUUCCCAACAAAAUACGAAAAAUUAUCAAAAUGAUCCAAGACUUGAAAUUAGUUGUAUACCAGUAGAAAAAUUAUAUCUCUAAAUUUUGGGCGAAAUUAAAAAAAAGGACCAAAAAAUUUUUUUUCUCUAAAUCACAGGGAGAAAAAUAAAGAAAAAUUUAAGGAAAAAUUAAGAAAAGGG